AUGCCACGAUCAAAGUCUAUCUUUGCGAUCUUAAUGAUCCUGAGCUUUUUCUUCAACGAAGCUCAAGCCAUGUUUUGGCGCAAAGAAAUAGUUAUCGGCUAUACAGCAGUUACUAGUGAUCAGGCUCGGGAUAUCAAUAAAAACAACAAGCUUUAUAUACAGCAAAUCCGAUCCAUUAAUCCUUUAGGAGAUGGCAUUUAUAUGAGAAACAAACCUGAGGGCUUGGCGAAUCGAGAAGGCACUUGGUUUUGUGCUAUCAAAGCGAGAAAGUGGAAGUUGAAAAAAGCCGACAAAGUCUAUAUCCCGAAAUUUUAUGAACCAGAGACUUCGGAUGAUACUCUUCCGCAAGAACAGACUUCGCGUGGUGGUUCAGGGCGAAUACGACUAUGGGGCAAAGACGAAAAAGUCCUCGUAGAGUACAUCAAGUCACAACAAGUAUUGUCAAGGCUCAAGCAAACGCUGCGCUGGCCAUGGGGUCAAGCUGAUGAGCCCAAUAAAGCGCUGCGCUUCUCAUGGGUUGAAGGAAGGAAGCGGCAACUGCAAAUGGUUAUCCCAAUGAGAGUGGUAUAUGACGAUGAUCGAUUGGAUUUAUGGGCUAAAUGCUUUGCAUCAGAAGCUGAGCUGAGGGAAUUUUCGGCCGAACCUAUUAAAUGGGAAACUUGGAAUAUUAAAGGACAUCCUGGAAGUCCGGACUCUAGGUGA